AUGUUCUUCUUGUGUGCAAGAACACUGAAUUUCCAUGAAGUCAUUGCAGAUGCAACAACACAGGAAACUACGAGGUCCUGCCUACUACUUACUUACUUAAAUUUAAAUCAGAAUCGAAGCUGCAACAAUCCAUGUGUUAUCAUUCAAAUCUUCAGGAUGCAAACUGGAUAUUUUCUGUUCUUUUUUAUAAUUCCUAUUUUUUCGGAGGGAUGUUGUGUGAAAAACUACCAACAUACAAAAAAAGGUCCUCGAGUGUAUCCAGCAAAGCAACACUAUAGAGUUGUGGAGGGUGAAAGGUUUAUUAUGCCGUGCACAAAUAAAACGGUAAAAUGGUCCAAGAUGACAGAAGACCAAGAAAAACAAAAUGAAGGUUUUUAUUGUGGAAGGGAGUUCUUCAUUAAAACCAAACAUUCUGGAAAUUACACUUUGCUUACCAGCCAAAUGUUCCUGCAUCUUCAGGUGUUACGAGAAAGACACCUGCCAUGUUACAAGGCCGAGGAGGGCGGUGUCAUGCUGCGUGUUGGUGCAGGCGGAAAAAUCCCCUGUCCGGGUCUCGCCUGUACAAAUAGCACCAAUUUCACUUGGUACAAGCGUGACAAAAGAGUGUCGGAGCAGCAUCGAACCUCCUGUGAAAAGAACGGCUUGUUGCACCUCUGCACCGUUAGCCAUUAUGACACGGGUCUAUAUUUCUGUGAUCAACACGUCAUAGAACAAGGACUGCAAUGGACAUUCCGGAGGGCUAUUCAUGUAACAGCUAUACCAUAUGAGAGCACAAAUGACUCUCCAAGGAUUACAUUUCCGAAUGGCAACACAACAGAGGAGGUGGAGCUGGGGGAGCCUCACACUCUGACAUGUCAGGUACAUUUUCCUUUUGAGGUCAACUUUUCAGCACAGAUACAGUGGUACAUGAAUUAUAGAGGAAAUAUGGACAAUAAGACGUUGCUGCACAGUGAGCGCCAACCACAGCGGAAAGUGACAUUUAAAGAGUUUAUGGUGACGGAGACAGCUACCAUACAGCAGGUGACUGCGCUACAUUUCGACCACAUGUACACCUGCAUAGCCACAAACUCUGUUGGAAACUGCAGUGUUACUGUUAAGCUCAAGAGAACAAUUCAAGUGAAAUGGCCAUCACUGGUUGGCUACCUUGUUGCGGCCUUGCUGUUGGUAGCCGGGCUGGUUAUUGUGUUGCAUGUGAAAUGGUUGGAACUGCGACUAAUCUACAUGUCACGCUUCAAACAUGGCAAAGAUGAUGACGAGGAAAAAGACUUUGAUGUGUUUUUGUCUUAUGUGUGGACAACUCGAUGUGUGGAGGCUGAUGGGACCCUUUCUUCUCUAUCAGGACCACGUUUACAAGAUUACCUAUCAGCACUGGAACUGUUCAGUUCUGGGGGCAAAACUGGUGACCAGAGGCCACCUGAAGUACUGAUUUACAAAGUCUUAGAGGACCUGUGGGGGUAUCGCCUCUGUCUGCUGGAGAGGGACAUUCUCCCUGGAGGAGCCUUCACGAAUGAUGUGGUUCAUGCAUUGCGAAGAAGUCAGAUCCUCAUCUGUGUUGUGUCUAAUGACUAUUUGUCGGACAGUGAUGCUGUGUUUGUUCUGGAAUCAGGAAUUCAGGUUUUGUUGCAAAACUCUUCCCUUAAAAUUCUGCUAAUAUGGACAAGUAAAACAUCCACAUCCUUCACUCAGCCAUAUUCACCUUUGCCCCCUGUGGUCCAAAGGGCCUUGAAGGUGCUACCCAGCCUGAACUGGACUUCGGGAAGAGCUACUAGCAACUUUUGGAGGUCACUAAGGAAGGCCUUACCCAAACACAGAGUUACCCAUAACACAUAAAUAUCUGCCAAAAUGUUUAUUGGGUUGUACGUUAAAACAUGUGCUCCAUAGUGUUUAGUCACAUCAUUUUUUAACUGAGAUUAACAUAUAACUAAUAUACGUACGUAACUUAUGACAUUAUUCAUUUAGGAGGAACAUAAAUGACAUAAGAGACAUGUGACAGAUUAAAUGUAACAUUUGUUUUCUUGGUUACAUUUUUGAGGUCACCACAAGCCAGCACAACACAAACAGCAAGCAUUAACAUACAUUCCAAGUGUAAACUUUCCAAUUUGGGUGAUAUGACUACAUCAAGACUGCAAUAUUUUUAUUUAAAUCACCCAAACUACUCAAAAUAUGUUGUAAUGACUUUUCAAUAGGCUUAAUACGACAAUAUUCCUCCAUUUUGCUACUCAUAUUUCAAAGGUUUGACAAGGUAAGGUGUAUCAUCUGGCUCUUUAAACACACUUUCAUUUUUAAGGAGAAAGCAGAUGAGAAAGCACGUGUAAUUUGAGAAAUUGUGACUAAACACCUAAGCACAACAGAGAAACACGGGCUGGCAAGGCUGGUGAAAACUACAGAGGUGAUGAGAAGCUAAAAAUCCGCACUCAUGCUCAAACAAAUGAAUUUAAAAAAAAAACAAAAAACAAUCACACUGCUAUGUACAUUUAUACACAAACAUGAAAAAAGCUAGCUUGGAAGUAUACCUAACCAGCUUCAGGUAUGAAGAAGCAGGACCAAAAGGAGCCGUCAUUCAUUCUUAUCGGCCAUUGGAUAUGAUGUGCAGCAAAUGUUACACGUUGCAUUUCAAACCAUUAUAGCUAUCUUAGUUUGACUUUAACUGUGGUAUGGUCUUCACAGUUUGUCUGCUUGGGCCUUCAGCUUCUUUUCCCAAAGUUUUUGGUGAUCAGAGAAGCCCUGCUUGCCCUUGUUAAAGGAAUUCGGUCCUGCCGAUGUUGGCGUCUCCCUGAAAAGAUGUCAGACAAAACACGCAUGUUAAAUCGUUUUGCUGUGGAGUCUGACUUUUUCAUUUUCAUCACUACCUGUCCACCAAAAUAGUACUUUGAAUGAAACGUUGUGAUCAAGUACACUUUUACUGUGCAGUGAAAUUGUGUAUUUGUCAAUAUACCUGCCAAUGUUCUUCAUCCUCA